AUGCUUGCACUUCGGCCAAAGGCAGUACGGGCUGCUGAGCGCCUUCCUACAGCUGUUUCUCGAAGUACACGACGAUACGCGUCUGGACACGGCGCAGACCAUGCCCACCAUGCGGAACCCAAGGAUGAGCCGUUAGGACCUCAAUUAUACAUUCUCCUUGCCGCGAUCCCCAUCUCAAUUGGAGUCUAUAAGAUUUCCAGACCCGACAAGGAUGGGAAGAUGACGGGGCUGUCUCAAUUGAUCGACAAAUAUUCGUCCUACAAGGAUGCAUUGACAGCGCGGAAUACUCUUCAUACUGAUAUGAUUGAACAAGCUGCCUUUGACAGCAACUUGUACAAGAACUCGAAAGGGUCCAAGCAUGUAGACUUGAAGUUUCCAGAGAUCUUCAAUACAGGUUCACCGUACAAUGUAGUUGCUGGACAGGGUGCGAGGGGUAUUGAUGAGAUGGUAGCCCAUUAUCAGAAGUUGAAUGCGGAUGCGGAUGAGCGGAAAACUAAGGCAUUGGCUGCGAAGGAGGAAUGA